GUGCGUCAUCUGGCGACGCGCAGCCGCAGCAUCGCUUUGCAAUUGUCAUCUCACGAUCGUGAUUUGUCGUACAUACGCGUCUUUCCAUCGAGAAUCCUUUUGUGGAUGGAAGGUGGACCUCCGAUUUUCUUUCAGCGUGUUUCUCCUUUUGGAUUUUCUUCGCGUCCAAGAUCUCCUCAUUGGAUUUUUUUUCACCUUCUCUCGGAAACUCAUUCGCGGGCGACGAAUUCGUCGGCUCGAUUGCGAUACCGAAAAUUACAAGAUGGCCGGCGCCGCGGCAUCCGCGCUGCUCGACGAGCUCAUGGGUCGGAACAGGAAUGUUUUGCCCAACGAGAAGCCCAAGGAGCUCAAUUGGGAGGAUCCCGAGUUUUGCAAGCUGUUUUUGGUGAAGUUCUGCCCUCAUGAUCUCUUUGUCAAUACAAGAGCGGACUUGGGUGCGUGUCCCAAGGUGCAUGAUGAUGAAGCUAGGGAAUUGUUCGAGAAGGCAUCGUAUUCGUAUCGUAAACAGCAAUAUGAGGAUGAAUUCAUUAGGUACUGUCAAAGUAUGCUAAAUGAGGUGGAGCGAAAGAUAGUAAAAGGAAAGCAGCGAUUGGCACUGAUUGGAAGAACAGAAGCUCCAACAUUAACCCCAGCGCAAACGCAAAGGAACGAGGAACAGAUUGCUCUGUUGACGGAGAAAAUAAAUAAAUUAGUGGAAGAGGCCGAGCAAAGUGGAAUUCAGGGCAAUGUGGAGCAGGCACAGGGCCUAAUGCGUCUUUGUGAUCAAUUAAAGGACGAGCGCGAGACCUUGAGGAAAUCCAACGACAACAGCCAUUACAAUCAAACUGCUGAACUAGCGGCCGCACAAGAGAAACAGAUGGAAGUAUGCGAUGUUUGCGGCGCGUUCCUUAUCGUAGGCGACGCCCAGCAACGGAUCGAUGAUCAUUUAAUGGGUAAACAGCAUGUGGGUUAUGCGAGACUGAAGAGCGCCCUUCAAGAAAUUAUGAACAAACGCGAAAAGGCGCGCGACGAGAAGGAGCAGAGGAGGGAAGAGGAGCGAAAGCAAAGGGCGAGAGUGAACGAGGAGCUCGACAGGCGGCGGAGAGAUAAUGACAGAGAUAGAGAUCGCGACAGAGACAGGGACAAACGUCGUGGCAGACGAAUAGACGACGACAAGGGCCGUCAUGAUUCCAGCAGUCAUAGAAAUUCCGGGCACAGAAGUAGAAGUAGAUCAAGAGACAGACACCAUCGGGACGAGGACAAUUAUCGACGUCAUAGUCGAGAUAAGGGGAAUCGCGAUCAUCGGAGCUCCAGCCAUCACAAUCGUCGCCGGCACCGUUCGCGAAGCCGAAGUCACAAGUAACUUCUCUUGAUUGGUUAGUGAGUGAGAAGUAAGCCAGAAACAAGAGAGAUAGCGAAUAAAGCGUGAAGAUCAAGAACAAGUUACGCAAGAUGUACAUCGCUUAACGUAUUGUUAAGGUAAAAAUUUUACAAUAAUCUUAAUGAUAAGAGAAAGAGAGAGAGGGAGGGAGGGAGAGAGAAAAAAAGAGAGAAAGAGGAAGAUGAAGACAAAUUUUCAUCGAGACACGUCGAAUUGAUGUCAUUUGUGUCCCGAACGAAUUGUUAUUUUAGGCCAUCUAUGCAUAAACAGAGUGAUCAGAAAGGUAAAUUAUCUAAUAUUAAUUUGGUAUUUAAUGUACCACAAUUGCAAUACUCUUAAGAUUGUUAUUUGGAAUUAAUAAAAUGAUGCCACAGCUGGA